UGUCGGCAAGUGGGGGAAUAACGCGUUUCGGCUUCUACCUGCGCCGUGGUUGGGUUUAGGGCUCAGGUACGCUGGAGCAAGGUUGUGUUUAGUUUUAGCAUCAGAUAGCUGGUUGGGUCCAGGUCUAGGGAAGAGGAGACGGGACGGGAACCAGACGACACAACAGCGGCUCCGACUUGACUCUCCUCGAGAGACACAGAUGACAUCACUCUCUCUACGGUACAAACAUCAUGCUUCCCCGGGCGGGUAAAGAGUUUCUGGUCCGGAUACAGUUAUCCUGGAGGCCACUUUUCCAGGGCCGGUACCUGCUGCUCACCAACACCCUGAGUGGAGGAGUCAUGCUGGCGCUGGGAGACUCCCUGCAGCAGAGCUGGGAGAACCACAAGGAUCCAGGCAGAGUCCGAGACUGGAGGAGGACAGGGCGCAUGUUUAUAGCGGGCUGCUCCAUGGGUCCCUUGCUGCACUACUGGUACGGCUGGCUGGACAAAGUGUACGUGGGCAGAGCUUUGAACACUGUGGGCAAGAAGGUUCUGGUGGACCAGCUUAUCGCCUCACCAACAAUCGGCUUGUGGUAUUUUUUAGGUAUGGGUGUCAUGGAGGGACACACUUUAUCUGAAGGAUGGGAAGAGUUUAAAGACAAGUUCUGGGAAUUUUAUAAGGCGGACUGGUGUGUUUGGCCGCCCGCUCAGAUGAUCAACUUCUACUUUCUUUCACCCAAAUUCCGGGUCGUGUACAUCAACUUUAUCACCUUAGGGUGGGACACCUACCUUGCCUACCUUAAACACAGAGAUGGCAGCCACCCCUCUGUGGUGGUAUCAGACAUCAGUGCUGUUGAUGUGCAGAAGGAAGCGCUCCCACCCUCCAAACCUCUGGAGGAGAAAGCUUAGACGUUGUUCUCGCUCAACUGUGAAGUUGUUCAUCGGAGGCAAAAGAAUAUUUUGCUGUUUUUAUCUGCUCAACUUCGUUUCCACUUUAAAAUGUUGUGAGACUGUUAACAGUUUGUGUUUUUCAAAUAUUCCUUUUCCUUUGACAGACCACUCCCCUCUCAAUUUUAAACCGACCACAUGCCUCUGAUUGACUGACUGACUGUCUGAGUAGUUGCGGAUGUUUAAGUGCUGAAACACUUCCUUCAUGUAUUUAGAGUUUUAAUGUGUCUCUGUCCAGUUUGUUUAUUUUGUUUUAUUUAUUUAUGUCUGAGUUUAUGUCUCCUGUAGGAGCAUUCAGGGAUGAAAAGCUGGUUUACUGCCUGUCAUGCUAAUUACCUCUGAUGGUAGUGGUUGUCUUUUAAUGGAAGCAGAACACGUCAUUCAUCAAGGCCCUUAACUGACAAUUCAUUUCCAAAACGUCUAGACAAGUGUCAUCUUUGUUGUUACACCCAAACAUUUAAACUGUCCCAAAGUGUAACAGAGUGGCAUUCCUUUUAUUUCUGUGCCAUUUUAUCUUUCUGGUUUCACACGAAACAUUUUCUUAUAACAUCUGCUGUUUUUUGUUUUUUUUAUUAAAAUGAUAUUAACCUGCAAAAAAUUUGCCUUAAUAUGUAGACGUGUGCUACGCUCUGUUAUCAUGCCAAAUAAUCUCUCCCUUUUAUGCACCUAUAAAAAUAAUUGCAUGAUUCUGAUUUUUAAAUACAAGAUCUUUUAUAUUUUUAUCAUAUCAAACUGCAUCGCCAACUGUUUGUGUAAAGUUAAUUCCUGAUAGACUAAUUUCUUUCCCAACUGUGCAGUAGUUUUAUACCGGUGACUCGAAUUCUGAGUUGAUGUACUGUACGGAAGCCCUAAGAGUCAAGUGAGGGAGAAAAAAAUCUGGUGAUCUAUUUUCUAAGUCUUCACCUGUUUUCCCCCUGUUCUUAAGUCACAAACACAGGAGAGAGAGAAAACACUUCAGAUUAGACUUUUUUUUUGUCUCUCCCGCCUCACAAGAACUACUGCAGCAGCUAAUUUGUAAGUAAUUUGAAGUACAGCAUGAAUGGUUGACAUAAAAAAAAAUAUCUAGAGCAAUAAAUGUAAUUAAACUAUAUAUUUUGUUGACAUCUUUGGUGCUGCUACUGUGAUACCUGAUUUACCAUAAUUAUCAAAAUAUAUCAUUUGCAUACCAAUGUGUGUAAAGAACUUUAAAAGGGUUCUGGAUGCUGAUAAAUUGUAUUUUAUUGUUUCUAUUGUUGAGUUUUAGUAUCAGUGUAAUUUAAAAAGACAUGGUAAGAAUGUUUGAACAAGCAGAGAAUAAAUACAUUAUUGUGUGCUCUUCA